AGAAAACGAAAGCUUGGUGCUGUCUGACCCCCACCCACAACGGAAACGGAGAAAAGAAAAUGAAAUACCACGCUCGGCAAGAAAGUAAUCUCCUACACUGUAACAUUACUGUGUACUGUGCAGGAUGGUGUGCCCGCUACCAGCGCCACAGUAACUGUGUACAGUGGUUUCAUGAGACAGGAGCCCUCAGUCCUGAAACUUGGCAAGAACCUUGAUAAAUGGGGAUCCUCGCUGCAGCCGAGGGUCUGAAGUCAGUCUGAAUGGCAGCUCUCUGUCCAUAAUCACUGCGUUAAGCAACACGCCAGCAUGGGGUCGGUGCACAAUGAAGCAAAAGUCGCCAUCAUCACGGGCGGAACGAGUGGCAUCGGGCUCGCCCUUGCCCGUCAUCUCCACGCAAAAGGCUGGCGCGUGGCCCUUGUCGGGCGACGCGCGGAUGUCGGCAUACAGCAGGCCUCGGCUCUCGACGCCUCGGGCGAGACCGCCGCGUUCGAGCAAUGCGAUGUGGCCUCGUACUCGGCGCAGGCGGCCAUGUUCAAGAGCGUCUGGGCCCGCUGGGGGCGGCUGGACCUUUUGAUCGCCAACGCCGGCGGCGUCGAUAGCGGGUCGUGGUACAACUACCGGGGCCGCGGCGCGGCUGUCGACGACGUGCCGCCCGAGCCCGACACGACGUGCACCGACGCACACCUCAAGGGCCUUAUGUGGGGGACGAUGCUAGCGACGCACUUUAUGCGGCACAACCAGCCCUCGCCGGGCGGCAAGAUCAUCGCCACCAGCAGCAUGCUCGGCGUCCACCCCUGCCCGACCUUCCCCGAGUACGGCGCGGCCGAGGCCGGCGUCAUCCAGUGGGUGCGGACCACCUCGGAACUGCUCAAGUCCAAGGAGAACAUCACCAUCAACACCGUCAUGAUGGGGCCGGCCAUCACGCCCGUCAUGCCCGGAUUCGCCAAAGCUUGGCUGCCAGAGCAGCUCGUCCUCCCUGCCACUAUCAUCAAGGCCUAUGACCUGUUCAUUGACGACGACACCCGGACAGGCGAGGCGGUCGAGACGUCGCACGACGAGCUGUUCUGGUACGAAAUGCCGGAACUAAAGGCUGGAGCGCGUAAUGUACGUAACAUGGCCGUUUACGAGCCGUGGUUCGCCAUGAUCCACGGCGAGAAGAGCGGCGCCGUAAAUGCGCUGCACCAGGCGCCCGAGGGCAAUGCCGAGGAUGCCGGCCGCGUGAAGGAGUUUGAAGUAGGCGCGCAGAUGUAAAAUGAUAAACUCAAAAGCUGUCGUUGAAGAGAAGGUAAUGAUUAUGGCUCAACGCGUGCCCUGAGUUCUUUUAGCCUGGUCGCGGACUCCAGGCUCAUUAGGGUGGGCUCCACGCUGUUACCGUAGGUAAGGAGGCGACCAAGGGGACACGCUCAGUCCCCGUUCUGUGUGAACGGUAAGGUUGAAUAG